UAAUUAAAAAAGGAAAGAGAGAAUAGAAAAUUACCUAUGUGUCUGAGGAAGAAGACAUUAGACAUGGGCUUUGCUUAUGAUGAUUGCUCGUCAGAAAAGCAAAGAUGAUAACUAAGAGUAUGGCAUCGAUGCUGACCUUGCCUUCUUUGAUUCAAACGAGAAAUUAGGAUCUCUCUCUAUCUCUAUCUUCUUCUUCUUCCACCUGCACCCUAUAUAAAUGGCCUCCGCUCCUCUAAUCCACGCGCGCUGCGGUUACUCGCCCAGAUUCAGUAGCAGCAGUAAUCGACGGAAUGGAGGAGGAGGAGCUCUAGGUUCGUCGCCGUCGUCGUCUUCGUCUUCGUCUUCGUCUUCGUGUUGCUCUUCUUCGUAUUUGGCCUUCUCUUCUGGGGCGUAUAAUUGCUGGAGGAACCAAGGACUCAGAGCUCACGCUAUGACCAGUCAGGGGAAUUUUGCUUCUUCCUCCAGAGGUGUUGCGAGUGCGGAGAAGAAGCCUGAUCAUCUUCUCGUACUUGUUCAUGGCAUAUUGGCUAGCCCAAGUGAUUGGACAUACGUGGAAGCAGAAUUACGAAAGCGUCUAGGCAGAAGCUUCUUAAUCUAUGCAAGUUCAUGCAACACGUACACAAAAACUUUUGCCGGGAUUGAUGGAGCUGGAAAGAGACUGGCAGAUGAAGUCAUGCAAGUUGUGCAAAAGACUGAUAGCCUGAAGAAAAUCUCAUUCUUAGCCCAUUCUCUAGGGGGCUUGUUUGCAAGAUACGCAAUAUCUGUUCUUUACAGACCCACUGAUAUUCCCAAUUCACCUCUUGUAAAUUCAAAAGCAACACACUCUUUGAGACGAGGAAAGAUUGCCGGUUUGGAGCCAAUCAAUUUUGUAACAUUGGCAACCCCACAUCUUGGGGUGAGGGGGAAAAAGCAGCUUCCAUUUCUUUUAGGCGUACCAUUGUUAGAAAAGCUGGCUGCGCCAAUUGCUCCUAUUGUUGUUGGUCGAACUGGUAGUCAGCUGUUCCUCACUGAUGGUAAACCUGAAAAACCACCGCUUCUUUUGAGAAUGGCAUCUGAUUGUGAAGAUGGAAAUUUUGUAUCUGCAUUGGGAUCGUUUAGAUCUCGGAUUCUUUAUGCUAAUGUAUCUUAUGAUCAUAUGGUUGGUUGGCGUACAUCAUCCAUAAGGAGAGAGACAGAAAUUUUUAAGCCUCCUCGCCGGUCUUUGGUUGGCUACAAGCAUGUUGUAGAUGUAGAGUAUUGUCCCCCAGUUUCCUCUGACGGCCCCCAUUUUCCUCCUGAAGCAGCUAAGGCGAAGGAGGCAGCCCAAAGUAAACCCAACCAACAGAACACUUUGGAAUAUCAUGAAAUUGUUGAAGAUGAAAUGAUACGAGGCUUACAACAGUUGGGAUGGAAAAAAGUUGAUGUCAGCUUUCAUUCUGCACCUUGGCCAUUCUUCGCCCACAACAACAUUCAUGUAAAAAAUGAAUGGCUUCACAAUGCUGGUGCUGGAGUGGUUGCACACGUUGCUGACACUCUAAAGCAACAAGAAUCCUCCACAUUGACUGCCAGCUUAUAGCUAUAAUCUGUAUUCACUAUUUUUUUUUUUGACUUUGUCAAGGGGAACCCAAAGGCUUCCUAGGCCCAAGAUAAACCCCUUCGGCGCAUGUGAAAUGCUCCAACUGUGCAUUGCAGCACAGUGCCUCGCCACUUUGACAGCUUCGGGGUUCGAACUUAGGUUGGGGAGCACACCCAACUAAGCAAGAACCACUAGGCCACUUGCAGCACGUAUUGUUAGUCACUAUUGUACAUCCUUUUACCUACCUCAUUGUUCGCUCAUAUAACCUUGAUUUGUGGGGAAGACGUUGAUAGAGUAGUCAGGUGCAUGUUUGAAAUGAAAGGUGUAACCACACAAAAACAGACAUGCAUGAGCGGGAUAUUCUGCACAGAAGUUAUAGCAGAAAGAUCAAGAACUUAAAUGAAUGUUGUGGGUUUCAAGUCAGUCUUAUUAGUUUAGCACCAAUAUGUACCAAUAAUUUAGGUUUCAUUCGUGACUGUGCUAGUGUGCUCUCCAGUUCCAUACCUUAAAGUUGGAAGGGUUCCCAUGUAUCAGACCCAUACUAGUGGAUUUAAUUACUCACAGAGUCAGUUGUUAAUAUAUCAUAACACAUUGUAAACAAAACCAGGGGCUUAUACACCGAGGACUUCCCCCA